ACGUGAAGGGAAGAAAGCCACAGCCAAAAAAUGGCAAAUGCAAUGCUCGUUAUCCUAAUGAAAACGCUGAUGAUCUUGAUAUUCACCAGUUGGGUAUGUGUAUGGUUCAUCACCCCCACUGGAAUCUGGAAAAAAUCAUGGCGCGUAGCUGAAGAUGAUGCCAAAUCUACCUUCUUCGGAUACUCCGGCCUUAAUUUCGCUGUAUACUCCUUUCCUAUCCUUGCCGUGGCGAUCUUGGGUUUCAUUUACUUGCAUCUAAAUGCUACAGAUCGAACAAGCUGGCAGGGAAGAAGUGCAGUUUCUAAGUUCUCGAUGCCAAUUCUCAUACGUAGUCCUGUGGGUGUUUUAUCUGGAGCGGAGCUUCUAGCGGCGGCAUUGUUUAUCGUCUUUCUAGCAUGGACGUUCUACUCUCGCAUCUCCAAUGACUUCAAGAAGAUGAUACCGAACAAAUCGCUGAAAUUGAAUGAAUGGGAGCUUAAGGUGAUGAAGGUGGGGACGAGGCUGGGUUCGCUAUCGGAGGCGUGCCUUGCACUGAUGUUGUUGCCUGUUUUAAGGAGACUGUCAAUCUUUCAGCUACUUGGACUUCAGUUUGAAGCUUCAGUAAGAUAUCACAUAUGGCUCAGUAAUGCCAUGAUGCUGUUCUCAACAUUGCAUGGUUUGAUCACCAUCUUCAUCUGGGCUGUCAAACACCAACUUGGAAACCAGAUAAAGCAAUGGCAACCAACAGGCCGUGUGAACAUUGCAGGUGUGAUUACAUUAGCAGUGGGCCUAAUCAUCUGGAUCACAUCACUUCCUCCAAUAAGAAGGAAACGAUUUGAGCUUUUCUACUACACCCACCAUCUCUAUCCAGUCUUCUUACUAUUCUUCUUGUUUCAUGGUGGAGAUCGCCAUUUCUAUGCUGUCUUGGGUGGUGUUCUUCUCUUUGCUCUUGAUAGAAUUCUACGGCUGAUACAGUCCAGCCAAGUAACGUGCCUCAUCUCAGCACGUAUACUGCCAUGCAAAGCAAUAGAACUGACUCUUCCCAAACACCCUGGAACCAAGUACCAGCCAACAAGCAUUAUAUUCAUUAAGAUACCAUGUAUAUCAAGCUUGGAGUGGCACCCUUUCAGUAUAACUUCCAGCUCCUCUCUAGAUAAGGACACUAUAUCUGUUGUAGUUAAAUGCCAAGGGAGGUGGACAAACCAGCUCUACAAUAAAAUAGAUGCUCCCAUUGAUUCAGAUAAUGGUCUGCUGAUGUGCGUACCGGUCGCAGUUGAAGGCCCGUAUGGGCCGGCAUCCCUCGAUUACCAAAGGUAUGACGGUUUAAUUCUGAUCGCCGGAGGGAUUGGUAUCACUCCCUUUAUCAGCAUCUUGCGCGAAUUUGCUUCCAAAAGCGCCAACAAUAAAAGUUUCACUGUGGGCAGUUUGCAGCUGAUAUAUGUAGUGAAGAAGCCCCAAGACCUGAGUAUGUUAAACUCGAUAUGGCCGCUCUUGCUAGACCCACCAACGACGGGUGAACAAGUACAUGUCCAAUUGAAAGUUUUUGUCACCCAAGAAGAUAGAUCAUCUGACAUCCGAGUAAAGGAUCAGCUGUUAUCUGAAGUGAAGAUGGUGUCCUUCGACACCACAAAUUCACAUUCCAACUGUACCAUUUCUGGGCCAGAAAGUUUGUUGUGGAUGGCCACAAUCGUAGCAUUCUCAACGGUAACAUUCUUUGUGUUUCUUCUGAUCUUAAACCAUGCCUUUCUUCGCCCCGAAACGCAGACCUCCAAGAAGAAAAACCCGUCUUGGGUUAGCGAUCUACUCAUCUUAUGGUCAUUCGUCAUUGCUAUAGUUUGUAGUGCCUUGGCUACUGUUCUAUUGAGAUGGAGAAAGGAAAAGAGUGAGAUUCAUGUGGCUUCUCCAAAACAAGACAAGGGGAUGGAGCGGCAUUCUAUAGAAGAGAAGGGUACUAUGGUGGAACCUGAAAUCCAUCUUGGAGAGAGGCCAGAUUUUCAAGGUUUACUUUCUGAUUUUUCAAUGCAAACAGAAGGAUCCAACAUAGGAGUGCUGGUGUGUGGACCUGAAUCAAUGCAAGAGUCCGUCGCAUCGGCAUGCCGGCGAUAUUCACACAAAUUCAAUAUGGAUGGUCGAAAGAGGAAGCCAUCAUUCAGUUAUAACUCUCUGAGCUUUUCACUCUAAGACGUCUAGUCGCCUGUGGUGGAAGAGAUUCUAGCAGCAGCAGCAGCUUUGCACCCAGCCAAUGUAUUGUGAUGCGUAAAAAUAGGUUAUUUUGGAUUAUAAUGUAAGUUUAUGAGAACAUCUGCAAUACCUGUGUAUGAAAUUGUACAGGUCAAGUAGAUUUAGGUUUUAUUCACUAUAAGAGUGUAACUUAGUCAAGUUGAUAAAUUGGUUUCCUAUUGAACAACUCAUGCCUGUAAAAUAAAAUAAAUAAUAAGCCAUGUACCACUCCAUAUAAAUUAUAUAGUCAGCUUUACUACC